AUGGAAGUGCCAUAUGCUGAUCAAAUUGCAGCCAAAAUUGGAGGCGAUGCUGCUACAACAGUGAAUAACAGCACUCCUGAUUUUGGUUUUGGGGGCCAAAAGAGGCAAUUGGAAGAUGGAGACCAACCGGAGAGCAAGAAACUGGCUUCUCAGGGAGACUCCAUCAGUUCUCAACUUGGACCCAUCCAUCCUCCCCCCAGGACUUCAAUGACAGAGGAAUACAGGGUCCCAGACGGCAUGGUAGGACUGAUCAUUGGCAGAGGUGGCGAACAGAUUAACAAAAUCCAGCAGGAUUCAGGCUGCAAAGUCCAGAUCUCUCCAGACAGUGGUGGCCUCCCUGAGCGCAGUGUGUCCUUGACAGGAGCCCCAGAAUCUGUCCAGAAAGCAAAGAUGAUGCUGGAUGACAUUGUCUCUCGAGGUCGUGGGGGCCCCCCAGGACAGUUCCAUGACAACGCCAAUGGGGGCCAGAAUGGCACAGUGCAGGAGAUUAUGAUCCCCGCAGGGAAGGCUGGCCUGGUCAUCGGCAAAGGCGGGGAGACCAUUAAACAGCUACAGGAACGAGCUGGAGUAAAGAUGAUUUUAAUUCAAGAUGGUUCCCAGAAUACAAAUGUUGACAAGCCUCUUCGGAUCAUUGGGGAUCCUUACAAAGUGCAGCAAGCCUGUGAGAUGGUGAUGGACAUCCUCCGGGAGCGUGACCAGGGUGGCUUUGGGGACCGGAAUGAGUAUGGAUCCCGGAUUGGUGGGGGCAUUGAUGUGCCAGUGCCUAGGCAUUCUGUUGGUGUGGUCAUUGGCCGGAGCGGAGAGAUGAUCAAGAAGAUCCAGAAUGAUGCUGGUGUGCGGAUCCAGUUUAAACAAGAUGAUGGGACAGGUCCCGAGAAGAUAGCUCACAUAAUGGGGCCCCCAGACCGAUGCGAGCAUGCGGCGCGGAUUAUCAAUGAUCUCCUCCAGAGCCUUAGGAGUGGUCCCCCAGGCCCUCCAGGGGGUCCUGGCAUGCCCCCAGGGGGCCGUGGCCGAGGAAGGGGCCAGGGCAACUGGGGCCCACCUGGUGGGGAGAUGACCUUUUCCAUCCCCACUCACAAGUGUGGGCUAGUCAUCGGCCGAGGUGGUGAGAACGUGAAAGCCAUAAACCAGCAGACAGGCGCCUUUGUAGAGAUCUCCCGGCAACUUCCGCCCAACGGGGACCCCAACUUCAAACUGUUUAUUAUCCGGGGCUCACCCCAGCAGAUUGACCACGCCAAGCAGCUCAUUGAAGAAAAGAUCGAGGGUCCCCUCUGCCCAGUUGGACCAGGCCCAGGGGGACCAGGCCCUGCUGGUCCCAUGGGGCCCUUUAAUCCCGGGCCCUUCAAUCAGGGGCCACCAGGGGCUCCCCCUCAUGCUGGGGGCCCCCCUCCUCACCAGUACCCACCCCAGGGCUGGGGCAAUACCUACCCCCAGUGGCAACCACCUGCUCCUCAUGACCCAAAUAAAGCCGCCGCGGCCGCUGCAGACCCUAAUGCAGCCUGGGCCGCCUACUACUCACACUACUACCAGCAGCCCCCAGGCCCUGUGCCCGGCCCCGCACCUGCACCCGCAGCCCCACCUGCCCAGGGCGAGCCCCCUCAGCCCCCACCUGCUGGCCAGUCAGAUUACACUAAGGCCUGGGAAGAGUAUUACAAAAAAAUCGGCCAGCAGCCCCAGCAACCUGGAGCUCCCCCACAACAGGACUACACGAAGGCCUGGGAGGAGUACUACAAGAAGCAAGCUCAAGUGGCCACUGGAGGAGGUCCAGGAGCGCCGCCAGGCUCCCAGCCAGACUAUAGCGCCGCCUGGGCUGAAUACUACCGACAGCAAGCCGCUUACUACGGACAGACCCCAGGUCCUGGCGGCCCCCAGCCUCCACCCACACAGCAGGGACAGCAGCAGGCAAGUGGGAAUUGCCACCCUCCUCCUCCUCCUUUUUCCUUCCAACCCCCAGCCACCGUCCAUCCUGCCUUAGUGGGUAGCGCCGGAAAUCCCUUCCCCUGCGGGGUGUGUCCUUGAUGCCUGCAGCGGGGGCCGUGUGGCUGGAGGUCUCCGGGAGUCCCCAUGAGCCAGGGGAAGUGUGCGCUGGGUCCAGAGGUUAAAGAAGAGGCCUCCCUCCGCCGGCUCGCUUGUUCCUGUGUAAUGCUGUCGUGAUGCUGGGGGAGAGUGCGAGACAGAUAAAAGGUGGAACUGUUGAACUGGUGGGUAGUCCUGGGGGUGGGGGCAGCCCGGCCACUGCAACUUUGGUCACCAUCCUGGCUGCUAACUCAAAAUCUGGCCACUUGGGAAAAAAAUGGAUAUUUUUUCCCCUCUCUGCAUUACUUUUUUGGCUUUUGUUCUUUUGUUUUUAAACCCACGAUCUUCUCCCUGACGGUGUCCAAGUGACUGUGCAGGCAGCCCCAGCCUGGGGUGGCCCCGGCUCCAGCAGGGAUGCAGGGAGCCUGCAAAGGGGACCGGCCCCGGAGCAUCUGCUCCGCCUGGGCUCGGCCUCUGCUCUCACGCCCAUGUCUGUGUCCCGGUCUUGUCUGUGAAGUGGGCAUGAUGAUCGCUGCCACCUUCCAACCUACCUCACAGGGGUGUUGUGGGGACACCGUGAUCUCUGAGAUUGUUCAUGUUCUGAUGCGCCGGGAGCCACCGCCUUCUCCCCUGCAGACCCUGACUUCGCUUCUCUUUCUUCUGCGGCCCCUGCUUCUCUCCUUCUUGCCUUUGUGUCACUCUCUCCUCCUCCUCCUUCAUCAAGGAGCCAGUCUGACUUCAGCCGAGUCCCCAGAGCACUUGACUAGACAGUUACAGGCACAUCCUGCUAGCCACUGGCUUGGGAGAGGGGCUUCCUGGCCCCCUCCUUACUAUCCCCGUCUCCCGCCCCUGCCUCCCCCCUCCCUGUAGUGACCAAUUCCUAUCUCUUCCCUCUCCGCAGGCUCAAUGAAUCGAAUGAAUGUGAACUUCUUCAUCUGUGAAAAUUCUUUUAUUAUUAUUUGUUUUGUUUGGGGGCUUAGUUUUUGGUUUUGUUUUUUUUUCCAUUUGUUAGGCGAGAGAGUGAUGGCUGCUAUGGGAGGUGUGGGGCAGCCCUCUCUAUGAGUGGCUUGGAGGUUAGUGCCCGGCUCUCACUC